AUGGAACGUGGAUCGGGGCAGAUCAAGAGUAAGAAGGCCUUCGAAUCCGUUCUCAGAGGACAAUCUCCACAGAAAGUACUGUCGAUUCCGUUGCUGUGCUCGCUGGCUUCCAAACUCAACGUCCGCAGAGGCUACCAUUCCCUGCUUUCGUCCUUCGGCAAAGUGUUCCAUGUAGAGCGAAGGUGGAAGUUGGUUAGAGAAAUGGGCUCCGGGGCUUAUGGUGUCGUUAUUUCAGCCGCCGAUGAAAUUUCAGGCGAGACAGUGGCAAUCAAGCUCGUUACACGCGUCUUUGACAAAGUACAGCUGGCUAAGAGAGCUCUGCGCGAAAUAACCCUCCUUCGCCAUUUCGCCGGCCACGAAAACAUCACUGGCUUGAUCGACGUCGAUGCAAUAUCCCCAGACUUCAACGAAAUCUACAUUUUCAUGGAGGUGAGUAUUCCUUUAUCUACGGAUCUCCAUCAGAUCGUGAAGUCGGGACAAACCCUAACUAAUGAACACGUUCAAUACUUCCUUUACCAAGUCCUCAGAGGCAUGAAGUACGUGCACUCUGCUUCAGUAAUUCAUAGAGACCUCAAGCCCGGAAAUCUGCUCGUCAAUGCGGAUUGCGAGCUCAAAAUAUGUGACUUUGGCCUCAGUCGCGGCUUCGACGCGUUGCCAGAUGACGAUACGCAUCGUUUGACUGAGUAUGUUGCCACUCGGUGGUAUCGGGCUCCUGAAAUCAUCCUUGCAUUUCGUCGAUAUAACACCGCCAUCGACGUUUGGUCAAUAGGCUGCAUCUUCGCCGAACUACUCACCGGCAAGCCUUUGUUCAAAGGCAAGGACACGUACCAUUUAGCUACGCCGGAUGCCCUUGAAAUAGUGGAUCAACUCAACAAGAUUCUGGACGUUCUUGGGACACCUGAUGAAGCGGUCACGAAACGAAUAGCCAGUGAUAAGGCUCAAGCAUACGUUCGAUCACUGCCGUUCAAACCGAAGAAACCUCUGCAAACCAUCAUUCCUUCCGCAGAUCCACAGGCCAUCGACCUACUAACUAAGAUGCUUGCAUUCGACCCCGUCGACCGAAUCACCGUGAAUGAGGCUCUCGAACACCCAUGGCUGUCCUCAUAUCACGAUAUCAAGGACGAGCCGGUAUGCGACCAUAAAUUCGAGAAAUGGCGGCAGAUCGAGGAGCUAGAGACCCUCGAUCAAUUUCGCGAUGCGCUGUGGAACGAGAUCGAGGACUACAGGCGUGAGGUCCGCGGAAUGAAUGUCGACCUCAGUGGCUUGCCGCCGCGACGACCGUCCACCACUAGCAUCAGUAACCUCUCGAAUGCGGAAAUAGUAGUAGAGGACUCGCAUAUUGUGGUCGAUUCAGCGGGUGGAUCAGCAGAGACGACGCUGGUGCCGGAUGAGGGGCACCCGAAGAAAUUAGACGAAGAGGCUCAAGAUACCCUCGGUGUGUCUGCCAAUCUAACGCACCCGGAUUCGGCUUCAAGUCAGGCACGACCGCUGCCUUCCUCGCCCAUCGAUCCCUUGGUCAAAUAUUCUAGACGGCCGAGUAUCUUGCAACCAUCCCGACAGGGGUCUACAUAUAACUCUCCGCUGACUACUAUGCAGCAUCUCCCUUCUCUUAGCGACGGGCCGCUACACACAGAGCCUGCCAGCCUUCCUGCAGGCAGCGUUGCCUUUCCGACACAGACAUAUGUUGUGCCAGCGCGAUCACGGACCGCUUCGAUGGCUGGCGGCGAAGUAACUCGUAAACUCCUCCGAACGCUGUCGACCGUGUCCAUCCACGAGAGGGCGGAAGGCUUAGCGGGUGGGCUAGCCCAGAUUGCUCCCAUUGGCAAGUACAUCGUGGACAGGGAAGGGACGGGAGCCGAUGCACCGCCGUCGGAGGUGCCUAGAGAUUUCGGAAUUGAUGAAGCUUCAGAGGAAGACGAGCAAGAGAGUUCAAAAGACAAAGAUGCAACUAGACAGAAGAGCAAAUUCCACAUCCAUUAA